UAUUUUAGUCCCAAGGAGCAGCACAGCCCUCCCUGUCUGCAGUAUAAAGCCUCUGCUCAGAGCAGGUUCGGUCCUUUUUGUCUCUCUAACUCUGGCUUCUUGGCUGCUGGACUAAGCCGGUGAAGAAAAUGGGAAAAGAAAAGAUCCACAUCAACAUCGUGGUCAUCGGCCAUGUCGACUCCGGAAAAUCCACCACCACCGGCCACCUGAUCUACAAGUGCGGAGGAAUCGACAAGAGAACCAUCGAGAAGUUCGAAAAGGAGGCCGCUGAGAUGGGAAAAGGCUCCUUCAAGUAUGCCUGGGUGUUGGACAAACUGAAGGCCGAGCGUGAGCGUGGUAUCACCAUCGACAUUGCUCUGUGGAAGUUUGAGACCAGCAAGUACUACGUGACCAUCAUUGAUGCUCCUGGACACAGGGACUUCAUCAAGAACAUGAUCACUGGCACCUCCCAGGCUGACUGUGCUGUCCUGAUUGUUGCUGCUGGUGUUGGUGAGUUUGAGGCUGGUAUCUCCAAGAACGGCCAGACCCGUGAGCACGCCCUGUUGGCCUACACCCUGGGUGUGAAGCAGCUCAUCGUUGGUGUCAACAAGAUGGACUCCACCGAGCCCCCUUACAGCCAGAAGAGAUUCGAGGAGAUCACCAAGGAAGUGAGCACCUACAUCAAGAAGAUUGGGUACAAUCCUGCCACCGUGGCCUUCGUCCCCAUCUCUGGAUGGCACGGAGACAACAUGUUGGAGGCCAGCGACAAGAUGAGCUGGUUCAAAGGUUGGAAGGUUGAACGUAAGGAGGGCGGAGCCACAGGUGUUACCCUGCUGGAGGCCCUGGACUCCAUCUUGCCCCCCAGCCGUCCCACAGACAAGCCCCUCCGUCUGCCGCUGCAGGACGUCUACAAGAUCGGCGGUAUCGGAACCGUCCCCGUUGGCCGUGUUGAGACUGGUAUCCUGAAGCCCGGCAUGGUCGUCACCUUCGCUCCUCCCAACCUGACCACUGAGGUGAAGUCUGUGGAGAUGCACCACGAAUCUCUGCCUGAAGCUCUGCCCGGCGACAAUGUCGGCUUCAACGUCAAGAACAUUUCCGUGAAAGAAAUUCGCCGUGGGAACGUGGCCGGAGACAGCAAGAACGACCCACCCCUGGCUGCAGAGAACUUCACCGCUCAGGUCAUCAUCCUGAACCACCCCGGUCAGAUCGCCCAGGGCUACGCCCCCGUUCUGGACUGCCACACCGCUCACAUCGCCUGCAAGUUCAGUGAGCUCAAGGAGAAGAUCGACCGCCGUUCCGGUAAGAAGCUGGAAGACAACCCCAAGGCUCUGAAGUCCGGAGACGCCGCCAUCAUCAACAUGGUGCCUGGGAAACCCAUGUGUGUGGAGAGCUUCGCCCAGUAUCCCCCACUGGGCCGCUUUGCUGUCCGCGACAUGAGGCAGACGGUGGCCGUCGGUGUCAUCAAGACCGUCGAGAAGAAAGCCCCCUCUGGCGGAAAGGUCACCAAGUCUGCACAGAAGGCCGACAAGAAGAAAUGAAUCUUCAUGCAAGACGUCCAGCAGAAAGUGGUGUCUCAGCAGCAGCCAGGCGCCCCGUCUCCUCCUCACCCUCAGCACCCAGCGCCUGCUUCUCUGAGGCCCAGAUCUUUACUCAAGGACUGGCUUAUGCUGAUUAAAGCCCAUCGAAAAAAUUUCCGCAGGAAAGGAGGCUUCUUUGCCUUCAACUGGGAGCUCUGGUGUUAACUGGGAUGAAACAAUAAAAAUAUCAGAAUCAAG